CUGCUCUUAAAGUGAGCUGGCAGCCUCCAGCGCCCGUCUUUGUAAGGAGACCACUGAGACGGUCGGGAGCGCGGAGCAGCAGCCUCUGCUGCCCUGACUUUUGAAGAAAUCUCAAUGAACUAUUUGUAGAGAAUCGCUGGUCCGGCCUGCAAGCGUUCUGCACGGCAAAGACAUCGAUCAGCGCUGAGGAAAGAUCGCAUUUUAUAUGCGAUCUUGACUUUUUUGUGUUCUUACAUUAUAUUUUUAUAGAUUUUUGUUAUAAACAUGGUGCUGGGAAAGGUGAAGAGUUUGACAAUAAGCUUUGACUGUCUUAAUGACAGCAAUGUCCCCGUCUAUUCUAGCGGGGAUACAGUCUCAGGAAGGGUGAAUUUAGAAGUUACUGGGGAAAUCAGAGUGAAAUCGCUUAAAAUUCAUGCAAGAGGACAUGCGAAAGUACGCUGGACUGAAUCUCGAAACGCCGGUUCCAAUACUGCCUAUACACAGAAUUACACUGAAGAAGUAGAAUAUUUCAACCACAAAGACAUCUUAAUUGGGCACGAAAGAGAUGAUGAUAAUUCCGAAGAAGGCUUCAACACUAUUCAUUCAGGAAGGCAUGAAUAUGCAUUCAGCUUCGAGCUUCCACAGACACCACUUGCUACCUCAUUCGAAGGCCGACAUGGCAGUGUGCGCUAUUGGGUGAAAGCCGAGUUGCACAGGCCUUGGCUUCUACCAGUAAAAUUAAAGAAGGAAUUUACAGUCUUUGAGCAUAUAGAUAUCAACACUCCUUCAUUACUGUCACCCCAAGCAGGCACAAAAGAAAAGACGCUCUGUUGCUGGUUCUGUACCUCAGGCCCAAUAUCCUUAAGUGCCAAAAUUGAAAGGAAGGGCUACACCCCAGGUGAAUCAAUUCAGAUAUUUGCUGAGAUUGAAAAUUGCUCUUCCCGAAUGGUGGUGCCAAAGGCAGCCAUUUACCAAACACAGGCCUUCUAUGCCAAAGGGAAAAUGAAGGAGGUUAAACAGCUUGUGGCGAACUUGCGUGGGGAAUCCUUAUCAUCUGGAAAGACAGAGACAUGGAAUGGAAAGUUGCUGAAAAUUCCACCAGUUUCUCCCUCUAUCCUCGACUGUAGUAUAAUCCGUGUGGAGUAUUCACUAAUGGUAUAUGUGGAUAUUCCUGGAGCUAUGGAUUUAUUUCUUAAUUUGCCACUCGUCAUUGGUACCAUUCCUCUACAUCCAUUUGGUAGCAGAACUUCAAGUGUAAGCAGUCAGUGUAGCAUGAACAUGAAUUGGCUUGGCUUAUCCCUUCCUGAAAGACCUGAAGCACCACCCAGCUAUGCAGAAGUAGUCACAGAGGAGCAAAGGCGGAGCAACCUCGCACCUGGGAGUGCUUGUGAUGAUUUUGAGAGAGCGCUUCAAGGACCACUGUUCGCAUAUAUCCAGGAGUUUCGGUUCCUGCCUCCGCCUCUUUAUUCAGAGAUUGAUCCAAAUCCUGAUCAGUCAGCAGAUGAUAGACCAUCCUGCCCCUCUCGUUGAAGGAAUGCUUGGUUGACUCAAGUUGAUGUGGGUUCCGAACUGUGUCUCUUCCGGCUGAGGACAGAGAAGUAUCUUGGAGACACGAUUUCAGAGGAAGUGGAAUCGCUUUUGCCCAGAAAAAUGGCAAACACAUGGAACAACCAGAGAUCAUGCUUUAGAAGCCUACAGCAACCUUCUGGGACUGCUCCAACAUGCUUGAAGACCUAAGCUUUUCUCCUUUAAAACUGGCACAUACUAUGAGCAGUCUUCUUAGCCUAUGGUCAUAAGUGUCGAGACACCGUGUCGUAAAGAGGGAUAAUUUCCUUCUUCUGAUUUGAAAUUUUGCACAUGCUCAAUGCUUACAUUGUGCGGUUCGAUGUCACUACAGCUUUUUUUUUCCAUUUUUGCCAGACUCUUGAUACUCUUUUAAAACUUGUUUGUGGUCAGCACAACAAGGAACAAAAGAAAGCUUUGAAAAACUUUAACAUGAGAAAAACGCACUGACUUUUUUUUUUAUUUAAUAUAACCUGGACUUACCUGCGUAUGCACAUGCUCAGAAUCGUCCUGCUAGGCUGACCACGUAUCACCUCUUCAGCUUGGAUCCUGUUGUGGAUUUAUUUACAAACAUCAAAUGCCUUCAAGCCAAUCCUUUUGCUGUAUGUUUUGCAGCCUACUGUAGUAGAUACGCAACAGAUAAUAUGGGGAAAAUGAUGAGAGGAGGAAGCUAAUAAGAGACUUUGUCGAGAUGUCGACCUUCUGGUUUCUUUAGGAAUUUGUUGCCUUUCUACUAUUACAGCAAAGCAGCAUUUUGUUACUGACUGCCUAAAAUCACUUAAUCUCAGGUGAACGCAUCACUUGCCAAACUGUUGGAAUGCUAUUUGUGUUUUGUUGCACUGUUGAGUUAUUUUGUUGUUGUUGUUUAUUUGGUUGGCUUUUUGGAGAGGGAAAUUUGGAAACGGGACAUACACAAAAGUGAUAACCCACCCACGUUCCCUUUUUAUCAUUACACACAAGGAGAAACUAGCAGAGCUGAGAAUGGAGUCAAGAGAGGCAGUACGGCAGGCACCAGCAAAGAGUUAAGGGCUGUUGCUCUUAGACAUUAUCAUUAUUUGUAUUAUUAUUUUAAAAGUAUGGAAGUUUUCCAGUCACUGGAGAAAGUAGGAUUUAUUUUUAUAGAGUUACUUAAUUACCUCCAAAACACAUAUGUUGGAAAUCGUUUUUGCUGGUGCACAGUGUUUUCAUGAGCAGAAAUGCAUACAUUGAGGCUAUGACCAGAGAGCUCAAUGUAUCCUUUUGCUGUCUUGCUCAAGCUUAGCACGAAACUUAGCAUGAAGACCCAAGUUUACUCAAAAGUACAGACCUUUACCAUCACAAAUGCUGGAAAGUUUGCUGUGACAAUUGUUUUGUAAUUUUGCGAAUUUUUUUAAAUGAAAAUACUUUUUUCCAUUACCUAAAGAACAG